AUGAAAGGAUUUUUAGCGAAGAAUUUUCUUUCAUCAAAUAAUACAGAUAACAAAGAUGGGAGUGAUGAAAAUGAGGACAAGAGUGAAAUAGAUAAAAAUGACAAUGAAGAGAAUAAUGAAAAUAAUAAGUCAAACGAAAUAAAUGAAGAAAACAAUAAUGAUAAGUGUGAUCCUUCAAUGAAUGAACAAAAUUAUACAACUAAUGACAAAAUUGAAAAUGAUGAUAUUAACAACGAUAAUAAUGAGGUUGAAAAUAAUGAGUAUAAAAAAAAAGAUAAUGUAUUUUCAAGUAUUGAUAAAAUGACAUUUUAUGAAUGUGUAUUAAAACAGCUAGCUGAUGAUAACUUAGUUGAUUCAUAUAAUACUUUAAAAAGAGAAAUAAAUUUAGAAGAAAAUGCAAAUAGUGAAAAUAAUUUCCUUUUUAAUUUGUAUCAAAAAAGGUUAUAUAAUAAUUCAUCGAAUGUAGUAGAGACAGAAGAAACAAACAUAAAUAAAUUAACAGAAUAUAAUUCUUUAAAUAAAAAAAAAACACAUAUAUAUAAUAAUAAUUUAAUACUAAACUAUGAAAAUAAUAGCAACAACAUACGACAAACAUACUCUUACGAAAUUAAUAGUCGUAUAGAACUCAUUCAUAAAAAUAAAUGUAUAUGUUGUGCUAACAACUCAUCGAGAAAUAUUCUUUGUUCCGCUAGUUCAGAUAGUACCAUAAAAAUGAUAAAAAUAAAUGAUUUAAAAAAAAAAAAAAUAUUUCUUAUAGAUAAUAAACACACAAAAAAAAUAAAUAGUCUAAAAUUUCAUCCAAUAAAAAAUAUUUUAUUUUCAGCUAGCGAUGAUUGUAAAAUACAUAUUAUUGAUAUAAAUAAAGCUUUGAAAAAAAAAAAAAAAUUAUAUUACAACCAAUAUAAACAUAUGAAAGACAAAAAUAAGAAAAAUGAUGAAGAGAAAAAUAUAAUCAUUCAGGAUAAAAAUCCAUUUAUAUCAAUGUAUGUGCACCCAUGUGGUGAUUUCUUAUAUGCAUGUAAUAAAAAUGAAAAUAUAAUAAAAUUAUAUGACCUUCAAACCUUAAAUUGUUUUAUGACAACUAAUAAAAGUACAUAUCAUAGUUCAACUAUUAAUCAGAUUAGUGGAACUUCUGAUGGGCAUAUAUAUGGGUCAGUUUCUGUUGAUGGAAAUAUAAAAAUAUGGGAUGGGCUUAAUUCAAAUUUAAUACAUACUCAAUAUAAUGCACACAAUGGAUAUUCAAUACAAUCUAUUGAAUUUAAUAAAUCAAAUUUUUAUAUAUUAACAUCCGGUUUAGAUGGCCAAACAAAAAUAAUGGAUAUGAGAAAUUUUAAGACAUUAUAUACAUUUGGAAAUGGACUAUCAUGUAUAUCAAAUAAAAGUAUUUUUAUGAAUAAUGAAGGUUUUAUAGCUAAUAUUGUUCAAGCUAAUGAUAUUUUUGAUUCACAAUUUUAUAUAUACAAUUCCUAUUUUGGUAAUAUAGAACAUAAUAUACAAAAUGUACAUAAUGAUAAAAUUAAUGAUAUUAUAAAUGCAAGAGAUGGAUUGGAUGUUCAUACAGCUAGCUAUGAUGGAUUUUGUAAAACUAUCAAAAUAAAUCAAAUGUAUUCCCAUGAUAAUUAA